UCACACCUCGACCGCAUGAUCUGCCUGCUGGUGGGAUGCGCGCGACGUGUGAGCGUGUUUAAUGCGCGGCCCGUGCACUUCAUCACUCAUUGCAGCCGACACAGUGAGGUUGAAUUAGGCGAAUUUCUCAGCUCAGAGCAAAAAAUCCUGAUAUGCUCGUCUAUAAAAACGCUGCGGGACGAGAACAAACUAAAGGUGCUCAAAUUCUGGGGACGGAUCAGCGGCAUCGUCAACGACUACUUCCUCCUCCAAGGGUUCACCUCUGACUGCUUCAGGAACGUUAAGUACUUCUACAGCCACGAUCUGAUUGACUGGGUCAGGUUGCCCAGGGUCGAGCCAGAGGCCCUGCGGCUCUUGGACGACUGCACCUCCUUGUUCACCGGCAUUCCCAGCCACGUCUUUACCUUCAUGUCCCCAUUGGACCAACAAGAAGUUCGGCUGAAAGAGGAGGACCGGCUGACCGCGGCGGUGGUUGUCAUAAACAACGAAAUGUCCAUUAUCCCUCGCAGCGCCUUUUUGAUUGGAUCAUACAACCAAACCAUGAAAAACAAAAUGUUCAAAGGCCUGCCGUUUGACAAGUCGGCCGACCAAAAUUCCUACGUCCACUUUGAGGACCUGCGCGGCUCCAAGGUGAUGUUCCCCCUGCUCGACUCCACCAACACCAUCGAGACCGAUUUUCCUCCAGCCUGGAAGCUGCAACACGAGCAGGAGGGCCAGGUGGCUGUGGUCAGGAGCCAGUUGUGGCCCGGACUGACCUUCCACCACCAAGUUGACUCGCCGGUUUACGGCUGGACUUACUUUGGCGACGGCAGACGCAACUGGGACAUCUGUUACAUGAUCUGAUUAACUUGUUUGAAAGGCGGCCCUGUUUGCGUUGCACUCCAAAUAAACCCCGUUCACAUUCG